AGGUCAGCUCGCGGUACCGAGCAGAGGCCGGCACUGACGGCAGCUUUGCUUUGUCAGCCGGUCGCGAGGCGCCUGUCAUUCAACCAGUCCGCGACAGUCUUCAACAAAUAAUUCAUCCAGUAUAAAGUCGAAUAAGGGAAUUAGUGCUACGAUUCGAUCCCUGAGCACGAUGGAGUCUCGGCCGUACUGAACUGAAACCGGUCAUAAUCUUGGUUCGACUAAUUUUCUCAAGUGUCCAGUUUCCGGAUAAUUGGAUCACCUAGAUUGGCAGUUUUAAUUGGUUCGUCUGGCGUCUAGUCGGCUUUGACCGGCACUAGAAAUUGGCGAUGCGAUCGGCGUGGACGGUGCACCGGCGCUUAUCGAAUACGUGCGGGAAAUACCAAACGUAGCGACUCGAAGACGAAGGAAACCGAAAUGGACAGACCGCGUCAUAGAAAGGCUGCCAGUAAUCCCAGCUUAUAUUGAAUUCAGUGAUUUAUAUUAAUACAGUUUGUGCAAAACGAAGCAAGUGCCAAUUGUACCAAUCGGACGUUGCAUAAAAGUGUUCGUGGCUACAUAAUAAUAAUAAUAAUAAUAAUAAUAAUAAUAAUUGUAUUUAUAACCGUGAGAUGAAAAACGAUGAAAACGAAAGACCCGUGUUGCAUCAGAUUCGCAAAAGUGUGUCAUUACGCUCCCUCCUCGGUUAAACUCCCGGUCUGGAUUAAUCGAGCCGACCGGCUAAGUUUCUUCAUACGCAGUGACAUCAAUAAGCGAUGACCAGUGAUCACGCGUACAACUAUCAUUGUUUCGCUCCGCAGUUACCCAGCAAGUGUUUCAGGAGCCACGCAGGAAACCGACGUAAGAUCUACAUGGAUCGACUCGGUGUACCGGUGCACCGCAGAAGAGCGAGCAAUGGCUAUGAGAAGAGCAGAGGCUAAGUAGCAGGCUGCAGGCACAGGAACGAAGAGGGCAACAGGAGAGAAGGAAGAGUCAUUAACAAGAGGAAAAAAGAGGAUAAAACGAUAAUACGAGAGAGCUUCCUUCCUUCCUUGCUUCCUUCCUUCCUCCUUUCGUUUUCGGACAGAGCAAUAAAAGUUUAACAAACGGGGAGACGGACACCGGUCGAAGGAAGAUGAAGGAGAACAGCUUAUGGGCGCUGGUGUGGACAGUGAGUCUGAUAACUGGGCUAAGUCUAGCGCAAACGUCGCAGUCGUGUCCCAUGCACGGUCAGAUCUCGCCCUGUUCCUGCACUCUGAAGAAAUCCGGUCUGGACAUCGUCUGCGAGUACACCGACCUGAGCCACAUAUCGAAGGUGAUGAGCUCCCUCAAAGGGAGGCCAGAGACGGUCAUAUUUUACCUGAGGCUCAGGCACAACAUCCUCCCUAAACUACAACCGUACGUGUUCCUCGGGCUGGACAUACGCCACUUGACCAUCCACAACAGCAGCCUGGCUAAGCUCGAGGAGUCAUCCCUGAGCUCGAUCGGUACCGGCCUGACGCAGUUGGACCUGUCGCAAAACGCGUUGCUCUCGGUACCGUCCAGCGCCCUGAAAGAUCUUCAGCAUCUGCUCAUCCUGAAUUUGAACCGUAACAAGAUCAAGGCAAUCCAUAAGAAAGCUUUCGAGGGGCUGGAUACUCUCGAAAUCCUGUCUCUUUACGAGAACGAAAUUUCGGUUAUAGAAGAGGAUGCCUUCACGGGGUUGCACAACCGAAAGCUGAAGAGACUAAACCUGGGUGGGAACAAAUUGUCCAAAGUGCCGACGCAAUCUCUGAAGACUCUGGACAUGUUGAAGAAGCUCGAGAUGCAGGAGAACAACAUAUCGGCCAUUGAGGAAGGCGACUUCGAAGGCUUGAAGAACCUGGACUCGUUGGGGUUGGCACAUAACAACAUCCACGAAGUCCCGGCUCGUGUCUUCUCCCACUUGACGCAGCUGAACUCUCUGGAGCUGGACGGGAAUCACAUUAACCACGUGGAUCCAGACGCGUUCAUCGGCCUCGAGGAGAACCUGCAGUAUCUGCGACUGGGCGAUAACAAUUUGCACUCGAUCCCGAGCGACGCUCUGCGACGCCUGCAUCGGCUUCGCCACCUCGACUUGAAAGCCAACAACAUCAGCGCCGUAGCGGAUGACGCUUUCACUGGAUACGGGGACUCCAUCACGUUCCUAAAUCUUCAGAAAAAUUUGAUCAAGGUACUGCCGACCCUGGUUUUCGAAAACCUAAACUCCCUGGAGACGUUGAACCUGCAGAACAACAAGAUCGCCGAGCUACCAGAGGAGGUGAUCGAGAACAUCGUGGAUACCCUACGGCACAUCGAUAUCACCGAUAAUCCACUGAUCUGCAACUGCGAGCUGCGAUGGUAUUCGGUCUGGCUGGGGAACCUGAAGGACAAGGAUGACGAGAGGAUGUCGAGGAAGCACACUGUGUGCACGAUGCCAGCAGAGCACCGGGAGUACUCCGUGCAGAACAUACCGUUGGAGAGAAUGGGCUGCGUAGGCAAGAACGCCGGGAGGACUUCAUCAGCGUCCGGCUGCGUCUACGUGGAAACGGUGCUUCAGGUACUGAUCACAGCCAUCGCUAUACUUUAAUCAGGAUCGCCUACCCGAAUAUCUGUACCACUGAUUCACGAACGCGGCAAUUUCCUCGUUUCCUUCGUUCGCUAGAGUCGGUCAAUGGCGCCACGGUCGCGGAGACGUGACGCCGAUUGACGACUCCUUCAUUUACCCAUAAAUUUAAACAAUUGCAACACCAAAAGCCUCGUGAUUCGAAUUAUACAUUUUUGAGGUUAUGAAAUUUCGUUUGAAGUAAAAUGGGAGACGAGGAAAUUUCGAUCGCGAGCUAACAGGGUGAACAUAAUUGCUCGCAUAAUGUCGUACGAGCCUUUAUUCACCGAACGUUACAUAUCAAGAUCGUUGCCAAGUAUUUUCUGGAUGUUUAAUUAAAAAAAUGAUAAAAAAAAAAAAUGAAGUUCGCGUAAACUCGCGGGGUAGUAAAGCUCGAUAGAGAAUUCGAAUGUCUGUAAUUUAGCCACCGUUUUACGACCCGCGGACAUUCAUCUUAUACAUAUCAGCGCGUUCCUGAGAACGUUCUUCUUGAUGUUGCACGUUCCCACGUCGCAGUCUCCCGUCAGCAAUAUUUCCCCAGUGCAUAGAAUCGAUAGAUCUUUCCAGUGGUUUGGUCCGUUGCUGAGAGAGUUCAGGGUCGAUCGGAAUUUCGUUCGUGAAAAGUAACAAUGGCGGUGAUCAGACGCGCUCUUCAGCUGGCGUCUUUGAUAUCUUGAGAUCGUUCGGUGUGUUUAACUCCAUUUAGAAAGGAGCGGUCGAAAUGAAAUAACGACGGUUGAUAAAACGUAAUGUGCUCAACAGGAAGCCGACACUUGUCAAUUCCGGCAGAGUACAUACAUACAUACAUACAUACGCAGAGAGAAACGUAGCUAUCAUUCAAAUGGUUCGUAGCUUUUUGUUUUGUGGUCCCGCUGCCCCGGGCCUGACGCGCGUGCGCGGUAAGAUCACGGUUAGUAAGAGAGAUGGGGCAAGAAAUCCGUCACGACGGUAGUGGGGAUAACCUACCAAUGGUGGGAGUGAGAAGAAGCCAUCCCCACUACCGUCCUGAGCGAUUUCUUAACCCAUUCCUGGGUAGACCUCUCAGCAACGCCGCGAAGAUGAUCGUCGGGUACGUCGCAGUUGCAUACGCUUUUGCCAAGCACGGUCAACUUUAAAUAAUUUUGCGCUCUGAGUUCCCACUCCUCUAACGGUUACACAGAUUGCGACGUGCGGACAUUGCUCGUAAUAUUUCGAGUUGCGAAACGUGUUCGAAGCUCAUUGAACGAAUGAGCGCGCACCACCACCACCAACACCACCACCACAACCACCACCACCACCCCUCGGUCAAGUAAUAUUGAUAUCUAUACACGUAGGAUAUUUUUAGAUUCGAUUAUUGCGAAUCGUGAAACGUGGAAAGUACGAUGACAAAUCCUGCACGUAAACUCAGCACGUAGAAGUAACAAUAUUAUUGCAUAUAGUCUUAUAUAGAAACCGGUCGGUUGCAAAUAUUUGUCGGGCGACACACGGUAAAUAACCAUCGAACACCUUUCGUAAACUGUUACGUAUCGCGCAAGGAUAUUAAUAUAAAAAAAAAAAUACAUUAAACAUGACACGUGGAAAGUAAAUUGUGUUUCACAAUUAAUAGAGUAAUUUCAUGUUAAGGUGAUUAAUAUUACGAGUUAGUUUAGCGUAAGAGUAACGUCACGAUGCGAGCCAUCGUUCCGAAGAUCGAAAGGAUAUACAGAACGUUUUUAUUUCGUACUCGGCUGUACUUCCGAAAACCCGCAUGCUUCAAAAUGGCUGAGAUUUUGAAAAUAUGUCUCUUUUUGGUAAAAAUUAUGAUUGCGAGAUGGAUUUUUCGUGACUCGAAAAAAGAUUUUUAUCGUUUGAGUGUCAUUGCCUACAUUACCGACGUAGUUACAACCGCGGGAAUACGCAAAACAGCUUUGAAAGCGAGUUAGAGAAUCUGCUGUUUUCAAUUAAGAAAAUCAGUGACUCUGAUAAUGACAUCGAAUGGUUAAGAGAAAUGGAGUUAAUUCUAAUAAAUAAUAAAGACAGCAUAAAAAGAGUCUGAUGUAUAUUGAGAGCAGAGAAUCAGGGAAAUAUAGCUGCUUAUAAUACUUUUUUUAUUAUACAUUCUUUUGUUUUUACGAAAAUCCUCAAAUCUGCUUAAAAAUUUUCAUACACUUUUUAAAAGCAAAGUACAAGUGUGUCGGUAACAUAGGAAAUGACUCUGAAUUGGAACAAAUUCUUCUUUCGAGUCGCUAAAAAUCCUCGGGAUUUGAAUUUACGUCGAGAGAUUCACCCUAAUUUACGUUAGAAUUAUACUUUUUUAUUACACAUUCUAUUGUUUUUACGAAAAUCCUGAUACCUCCGUAAAAAUUUUCAUAGACUUUUUCAAAAGUAAAGUACAACUGUGUCGAUAACAUAGGAAAUGACUGAAAUGGAACAAAUUUUUCUUUCAAGUCGACAAAAAUCCUUCUCGCAAUCAUUAUUUUUAUCAGAGCAUAAUCUAUUUCCAAAAUUUCAGCCAAUUCGGUGGUUUUCGGAAAUUUAGCCUCGAACUCAGAUCAGAUUAUUCUGCAAUAUUGCCUGUCGAUAACUGUAAUUUCUGCAUUGCAUCAAACGGGAUCGUUAAAAAAGAACUCCUCCUAUCCUUCGAUCGUUAAGGAACGAAUGGUCGCGUCGGUAUCACACAACACACACAUAUCAUUUAUACGCCCAAAAAUUUAACUUGUAAGAUAACAGUUAAUUAUUAAUAUCGAUCUAAGGCUUCAUUGUAAUCUCUAAAGAAUCGUAUACAUAUCGUGAACGUAUGAGAUUUAAGAGAAUUUAUUUGUUAAUAUAUACAUAAUAUAUAUACGUUACGUAUAUACAUAUAUACACAUUAUUACGAUCAUCAAAGAUAUAUUAUAUACCUAUAUAUUAUAUAUAUAUCCAGUGAAUCUUUUUUUAACAAUCCGUACGAUGAUACAGAUUGUUCGCGUUCUGUCGUACCAGCGAAUAAUUUAAUUCGUUUCAUCAUUCAAGUUUUUGCGUUCGUUUAUUUCCUUAACCUCAUGGAUUUGUAUGUUUCUUUAAACUCUUAUCUAUUGCGUUCAUCUAUUUCCUUAAAUCCUUAUCUAUUAUUCGUUUAUAUCCUCAAACCUCCAUAGCAGAAUUCGAAUUAAAAUUUUCUCAAGCAUAAAUGAAAUUAAGUUCAGGAACGAUACGCCGAGUGGAAUUCUCUGCAGGCCCUACACAUAGCUUAGGAUCCGCAGGAGGCAUAUCGACAUUUCAGUUUCAUCCAGGCUCCUACUUUUCCAUCCGCUGGUACAACAGAUCGCUAACAAUUGUAAAUUCAUAAGGACGUUAUAAUAGAACAGAAAUAAACCCAUUGACUGCGGUAGUGGCGCUGCGUGCAAUUUUAUCUGAUGUAGUUUUAAUUGAAUCGGUCGUACCGUUGAAUAUGAAAAUUGAAUGCAAUUAAUAAUUGAGUAGAAUUAAGUGAUGAUUCAUUCGGUUUUACUAAUGACUCCGCACUCAAUGAGGUUGUCGAUUUAAAUGAAGAGAGUAGUAAGGUUAGCGUAGAACACCCACCCCGUGAGCCAGGAGUUUACAUCCCUUAAAGACUGAAUCGAAGGGAGCUGAGGUCCAUUUUCUCUCAGUAUCGAUCCGUUUCAGUUUAUUUUUUACCAAAUGGUCGAUUAUUUAAAAACGAGUUCAGUAAUUCUAUUUUCAUUUAUUGGCUCGUUAUUCGGCUAAUAGAAUUAGGUCAGUUUUGGUUCAUUUUAUUUCUGGUUUUACUAUUUUUUUAGGUUUUUUCUUACCAAAUGGUCGAUUAUUUAAAAACGAGUAAUUCGACCUUCAUUUAUCGGUUCGUUAUUUGACUAAUAGUAUUAGAUUACUCUAUUUCCCGAGUGACUAGGAGCCUUCCGCGCAGCUUAAAGGUGGUGGGGGCCGCAGCGAAAGUCUCGGACCUCCCACCACGCGUUAUUCGCCACCGACCACGGUUCAUUAUACACAGUAGGACAAUAAGGACACGCUUGUAUUGGGAACUGCUAAAUAUGGGUGGGAGAUGCGCAAAACGACCGAAAACUGAACCGUGCCGACUCCUAGUCACUCGGGAAAUAGAGUAUAGGUUUGAUUCAUUUUAUUUCCUAUCAGAUCUGGUUUUACUAUUCUUUGAGGCCGACUAAAAUUCAGUUUUUCUUGAUAAAUUCGACCAACAAAAUCUGGCUGGCAUAAGGAAAAGCGUCGGUACUCCUGGCUCAUGUAGCGAAACAUAUCCUCUCUUAGGUGAUCGUAGAAACGAUGAACUGGGCCAGUCCCUCGCGCGCGUAUCCGCGCGUUCUUGGGACGAAACCCGAAGAACCAUGUCGAGACAUAUCUUUGAUCGCCGUAGGUUUUCAGUCUCGCCGGCUGCGUUGUUAUUAUUACUAAUUAUUAUAAGCGGUAUUUUUGUACAGUGUCUUACAGUGGUGCCGGGGUCGUUGCAGGCGCAGCCGACGAGCCGUGCGCGGCAUAGCCAUAUAUAUAUAUUAUUAUUAUUAUUAUUAUUAUUAUUAUUAUAAUUAUUAUUAUUAUACAUAUAUAAUAUGGAUACGUAUAUAUUUAUUUCGAUCGUAGCGCGUAAUACUCUGAGACGCGAGAAAUUGUUCGACGUGUACCACAAAACCACGUGAGAUACCUGUAAGCGUGAAUCGAUCGAAGAUCGUGAGAAGUGAGUGGCGGGUGAGAGAACCACGUGACACUUUUAACAAAAUGGAGGCAGAGCGAAGCCUCCAUUUCAUUCUAACCUCUAAACCUCUAAUCCCCCCCCCCAGUCUCCUCAGUCCCCAGUCCUCUCUAUUUCUACUUUGCUAUGAACGUCCCUCGUUCAAUCGUCGAGAUCUCGGUGCUCUCUUCUACAUAAUGUCCGCUUCGUUACCUGUGCGCACCAAGCUGUCGUCUUAUAAUUAUUACUGUAUACGCUGCUCGUGCAGCUCGCAAGUACACGCAAAACAUAUACACUAACGAUUUUAUCGAUAAACACGAUGGAUAGUACCUAUAUAGGUUAUGUCUACCCCUUUCAUUAAGGUUAGGUAUUAAAAAAAAAAAUCGCGUGAUCUUGAGACGCGAGUGAUUCUACUAUCUAUGCGUGCAUUUAUUAUCACGGACUACGUACACGAUUUACACAGACACACACGGUUUUACACAGACACGCGUGAAAUCUCCAUGCCUAAAACGACAUAUCGGUGUUACAAACGUAUGAAUAUUAAGUAUAAAUCUCUAUAUAUAUAUAUAUAAAAAAAAAAAUGAUGUAUAACACAGAUAUACACGAAGUUCGUCUGUAUAUGUCUAUAAAUAUUGUUACAUACGUAUUAUAAAUGUAUAUGGUGAUUAUUAAGAUGGUAUAAUUAUUACGUGAUGUAUGUAUUACGAAGCAUCUUUCUCUCGCGGCGGUCCGCGACGCGGGCGUCUAAACUCAGAUUCUAAUGUCUAUAUGUCAUCGUUUACUAUGUCGUUAACAAUUAACGUGUAUAUGUGAAACCUUCAAACAAAUAAAAUGUACCUAAGCAUAAUGCGAUCAGAA